CAGUCAUUAAAAAUAUGCACCCGACUAGAUCGUUAAGUCCUUGUGAAAGAAGAAAACUUUGUAUUGAAAUCUUGGUCGGCCGGUUGCUGAACCCGCUCAGUCACACCCGAGUAGAUUUUCGCUGCACGGUAUGUUAAUAAUGUUUUGAUGGCUGGCUGUCUACCAAGAUGUACUUUAGCUACUGACUGAAACAAAAAAGACAAAGACUAGCAAUCCCCUCAUAUGAACAGUCAGUCCCUGUGAGCCUGUCAUUGAGGUUAGACGUGUCCUCGCUUACCAUGGCUGACAGUAGCACAGCGGGUAGUAAUACUGUCCUGUCUCCAGAGAAAAUUACGUUUUCAACAAAAAGAAUUCUGACAACAAGAGAGAAGUGGCUCAUCUUUGCGGUCAUUAUACUUUUUGUGGCCUUUCUGGUCUUCCUCGGACUUUUCAUCGCCUUUUGCGUUAAAUACAAUAAAGUUAAAGAGUCAGCUACAGCUGCUGAAAGUGUCUGCCAGACGUUUGAGUGUCUGGAUUCAGCUGCCUACAUCGCCAAAAGCAUUAACAUCAGUGUGGAUCCUUGUGAGGACUUCUACCAGUUCGCGUGCGGACGCUGGUUGGAGGACCACCAAAUACCCGCAGACGAUACUAGCGUCAAUUCCUUUUCGAUAAUAUCUGACGACAUCAAACAAACUCUGAAAGAACUUCUUAUCCUUGAUGACCCCCAGGCUCCAGAAGCAGUCAAGCAGGCACGAACAUACUUCCGGUCCUGCAUGGAUGUUGAUACCAUAGACAAAUUGGGCAAGAAGCCACUACUCGACCUACUCGAUUUGAAUGGAAGCGGCAUCUACCCGACACUUCAACCAUCCUGGACAGACACGGGUAUGACUUUCUCGGACAUUGUUGAGUACCUCACAAAUUGGGGUGCCUUUGAAUCUAACGCCUUAAUCAACAUGAGAGUCGACGUUGACGAGAUGCAGUCAGACAGCAACAUAAUUCUGUUCUCUCAGACUGAUCUGAUACUGCCGUCCCGAGACAUGUAUCUGGGAGAGAGAAACAGCAAAGCGAUGACGCUCUUAGAAAUCCUAUAUGGCGAGGUCCUGAAGGCGCUGGAUGCAGACGCUACCACAGCUGCUCAAGAUGCCAAAGACGUGGUGGACUUUGAGAUUCAACUGGCCAAAGCUCUUGAUCCACCAGAGAAACUUCUCGACAGGGCCAACCAGUUGCGUAAAAUGUCUCUGGCUAACUUGACGAAGACCUUUCCAGAGUUUGACUGGCUUCACUAUUUGCGUCGUCAGUUCAACAAGACUGGCGAGAAUUACAACAUCACAUUGAAUGAGAUGGUAGCCAUCGAUGCGUUCGACUAUUACACCAAGCUCUUUGCCUUGGUCAAUAAAACGUCUAGCAGGACUCUGCUGAACUAUGGUGUAUGGUCUUUUGUCAUCCCGUUACUCCAUUUACUGGACAAAGAGUUACGAGACUUGCAAGCGAACUUCAUGAAGGACUUUAAAGAGAAAGUACGAGUGACAGAACGCUGGCAAAUUUGUGUAGCAGAAGCUGAAGAGUUGCUUACCGACGUUGUAAGCAGACUGUAUGUGGACAAAAGAUUCUCUCCUCAAGAUAAACAAAGGAUGGAAAAGAUGAUUGACAGUCUCAUGAGGACUUUCAGAGAACUGCUGCAAGAAAACAGUUGGCUGACACAGCCUACGAAGGAAGAAGCCUUGAAAAAGCUGAGCUUCAUUACUAGGAAGGUUGGCUAUCCGGAUUUCAUUCUAAAUGACACAGCUCUCAAUGCAGCUAAUGAUAUGUACGAAGUUAACCGAGCUAACUACUUCGGAAAUUUCAUUGACAUAAAGAAGAAGAAUAAUAUCAUGAUGCUACAGUCUUUACAUGAGCCAGUGGACAGAACUGAAUGGCUGAUAUCUCCAGCUAGUGCUCGGGCUUCAUACGUUUCUGUAACUAACGAAAUAUUGUUUUCAGCGGGAUUUCUUAACCCACCAUUUUACAGCAGAAAGUUUUCUGACGCCCACAUCUACGGUAGUAUCGGAACGGUCAUCGCUCAUGAACUCACCCAUGGCUUUGAUAUAUCAGGUAGUACUUAUGACGAGAAAGGUAACCUGCGGCAGUGGUGGCAAGAGGACGAUCGGAAGACCUUUGAAAGUCGAACUCAGUGCAUGGUGGAUCAGUACAGUCAGUUCGUGGACAAGGAGCUGAAUAUGACCGUCAAUGGCCGCCAGACUAUAAACGAAAACAUCGCGGACUCUGUAGGAAUUAAAAAGGCCUUCAGGGCAUAUCGCAGUGUUAUCACAGAGAGAGGCCAAGAAGAGAACAAGUACCCGACACUACCGUACUCACAGAACCAGAUCUUCUUUAUCGGCUUUGCACAAAAUUGGUGCAUUAAUGCAGUGCCGGGAGCUCGUGCAUUCAUGCUAAGGUACCACGUCCACAGUCCAGGUUACAUAAGGGUUCUAGGAUCUAUUCAGAAUAGUGAAGAUUUUGGAAAAGUCUUCAACUGUCCCGUGGGAACACCCAUGAAUCCACAGAAAAAGUGUGAGGUCUGGUAGAAGACCACAUAAUCAGAAACGACCAUCGGCUGUAGCUGACCCUGAGGACACUUUGUUUCAACUUCUUUCCACAUUCUUUUUAAACAGAUCAUGUCACUUGAUUUGUAUCUUAAUUCUUCCAUAUUUUUAUUUUUGUAUUGCGCUUUUCUUGCUCUCUUUCUUCUUUUCUUUAUUUAUUUCUUCCGAUGACGAUUAAAUGACGUGCCAGCUGUUUUAUUGGGAAAGAAGAAAAUGCUGUAUGUUUAUGUAAGAAGAUUCAAGUUCAUGAUAAUGCAAGCUGAUGUUGUAAUAAGCUUUUUUUGAACACUUUAAAAAAAAUCAACUCAUAAAACAACGUUUGAUGUACGUAUGAAGAACCAGUUAUAUUUUAGUUUGGUCAGACAAAGCUAGUAUCAACAAAUUAUCUUACGGAGAGAGAGAGAGAGGUGUUGCACGUAUUUUAUUGAAUACUAUUAAUAUAGAAUAGUCAGUCUUCCUCUGACUGUAUCACAAUAACACUUGACACCCACACGCACGUGCACACACAGUUUUGUAUAUACUUAUUGCUUUUGAUAGUUGUUUAGCAAUCUCUUUACUGCAGCUUAUUAAAAACCAAUUUUUAAAAGAAA